AAGCCAGUAUCCGCGCUGCAGGUUUGGACUAAAUGUUUUUGCUAAAAGUGUUUCUUUAAGCGUCACAAAAUGUACACACCACCUUUCGAGAGAUGUAAUUCGUCAAUGAGGACACAUUCAACUUAGAAAACAGAAAUGACACAGUGAGAACUUACGUUUUGAUUCCACGUGUAGCCCUCGUGGGUCAACCUUCGUCGCAGACUCAACUGCUAAAUAACUUUGAUUUCGGCCUUUAUCACAUCAUCUAAACCUUGGUUGGUCGAUUGUGUCUCUGCCCAAGUGCUUGCUCUGCGGGCUCAGAGGUAGGCAUGAACCCCCCGAAGAGGCUCCGGUCCACAGGAGAUGAGGAAGAACCACCGACAGGAGGGAAGGAGGAGGGGGGAGCUGUGGAUGUGAGUAUUGUCAUGCCAAUGUACAAUGCAUCCUGUUGGCUGGAUGAAUGUCUGCAGGCCAUAUUACAUCAAGACUACACUGGCACCAUGGAGCUGUCUGUCUUUGAUGACGCAAGCACUGAUGACUCGAGGACAGUGGUGGAGGGCUGGAAGGAGAGGCUGGAGGAGAGGGGCGUCUCCGUGGUGAUCUCCGGCCACAACUCAUCCCAACCCAGAGGAGUGGGAUAUGCGAAGAACAAGGCAGUGUCUCAGAGCUGUGGGCAAUACUUGUGCUUUCAGGAUGCGGAUGAUGUUAUGCUUCUCCAAAGAGUUGGUCUGCAGUAUGACGCCUCUGUCCUCCACCCACACUCUCUGAUUGGCUGUCAAGUUCAGAGGGUCCCUGAGGGCUCUACGGAGCGUUACACCCGCUGGAUCAACAUGAUCUCUCAGGAUCAGCUCCUCACACAGAUGUACACCUCUCAUGGGCCAACAGUUGUCAUGCCGACGUGGUUCUGCUCGAGGAACUGGUACCUGAAGGUUGGACCGUUUGAUGAGGGGGGCAAGGGAGUCCCGGAGGACUUGAUCUUCUUCUACCAGAGUCUUCGUCAGGGAGGGGGCAUGGCCAGGGUCGACCAGUGCCUGUUGGUGUACCGUUACCACGAGAAGGCCACCACACACUCUGUAACAGAGGAAACCAUUUGGAAGCUGCGAGUGGACUUCCUACAGGAGAGAGUUCUCAGCCAAUGGGAGAGCUUCACCAUAUGGAACGCUGGGAAACAGGGCCGGAAGCUGUACCGAAGCCUGAGCCCGACCAAUCAAAAGAAGGUGAAGGCUUUCUGUGAUGUCGAUGAGAACAAGAUCCAGAAAGGUUUUUACACAUAUGAGGACUCUGAGCAAAGACCCAAGCCAAAAGUCCCAGUUCUACACUACAAAGACGCCUCGGCCCCCUUCAUUAUCUGUGUAAAACUGGACAUGACAGGAGGCGUUCUGGAGGAAAACCUCAACUCCUUGCAGCUAAAGGAAGGAACUGAUUACUACCAUUUCAACUGACAGCUCAGAGUGAUGGAGACGUGAAGAGGAGCCCUGCUGCUUUAGAAGAGGAAUGCACACAGACUGAGGGAUAGACAGGUGAUAAGAAAGGAGUGAACUAAACACUGGCACAAUAACUCUACCAAGGCUAGGGAAAGAGUACAUUUUAAUGUAUGUUUUAAGCGUUAAAAGAUUCUUUCUAUCUGUGGAAAUUGGUGUGAAAAUGUAAAAGUGCAAAGUUGACGCAACCGCUGAUGAAAGCAAAACAGUUUUAUCCCAGCCCUGUUUCCUCCACCACAAUAGUGAGAUAGCUAUCUUUGUUAGAUGAGAACACUCUCUCAGUUCUGUUAAUUAAAUAUGAGGUUACAGCCAGGAGAAGCAAGCCUGGAAACAGUGCACCAAAGCACGCUCCUGCCACAUUACGCAUGCUAAGGCACGACAUGAGACCUUUCUUUUCCAUAUUCUAAUUAGGAAAAGUUCUUUAUAGUACUUUUUUGUGCAGUGCAUACCACUGGUUGCUCAGAGGGAACUUACAAAACUGCGACAUCCUGCUCUAACCCGCUAUUCUUGAUUAGCCAAGUCAUUUUUCUAAAUUACAAGACCAAGAUUUAAAAAAAGAACACAGGCUAAAUCCUGUCAUGUUCAUAAUUCAGCAGCUGUUCCUCUGUUAGGUUUGGGAUGAAAGAAUGGAGUAUUGUGCGCUGUGCUGCGUUGAAGAGGAUGUUACGCUACCUAACGUCACUAUGACAGUCAGGUAAGACUCCCACCUACAUUGAGUACUAUCCACAGUGGAAAACGAUAUAGAAAAAAACAUCAUCUGCCAAAAGGGGUUGAGUCGUGUUGAGUUUAGCUGAACCAUGCAGGAGUAAUUAGGAAUAUUUAACACAUCAUAUCACAUUUGUUUUAUUCAUACAAAAAAUAAGAAUGGGGAGUAUUGUAUAACCCAGAAUGUUCUUUAAUUUCCAGGUUUUUGUAUCCUGUUUUAACGUACUCAUUUUUGUAAGAAUCAAACAAACUUUGUGCUAAAGUACGCUAACCAUCCAGCCUGUGGCUUCAUUCUGCUCAACAGAUUAGAUUGAAAGAAGUGAGAACAGGGAAGAAGUAAGUAUGUUUAUUUCCCCCAAAUACCAACCUAUUUCAUAAAAAAAACUUGAACUUUGGUUUUCAUGCCAAAAGAAGGAUCUGUUUCUCAUGCCAGAGGAUAUUUCUGUUGCCGAUGUUGUAGGAAUAAAAUGUUUCUAUGUUUUCUAACCCUGUGUGCCCGGAGAUUGGUAUUUGCCAACCUGUACGCUUGAACUAGUGUUGAAGUUAGAGGAAGCCAUGUGAGUCAGCACCAUCACAGAAGGUUUAACUUAUAAAGGGCGGGAUGUUUUAUAACCGGAAUCACUCCGAUUUCUCAAUAGCCUUCGCUGAUGCAACCAUGCAAAAUCAGAUACACGCACACAGCUGCUGCAAAUGUACAAACAUGGAUACUGCAUGUAUUUGUUUUUCUUUCCCGGGGUCUCUUAUGAAAUCUGAAGAACAAUAACCUCUUUAAGAGAGCACAGUUCAGAUACAUAAACACGCAUAAAAAGUUUAUUUUACCUCACAGAGUGUGGAGUUUUUCCGCCCAAAGGUAAACAGACCUUUACCCACAAAAUCUCCCCCAAUGUUUCCUGGGUCAGAGACGUGGUCUGCCUUACUGUAAAUGUGGCCGCAGCAGUUUGCAAGGAGGCAACAGUGGCAGAAAAAAGGGUCUUCGACUCCGCUAAACUUUUAUUUUCAAAAGUUUGUUUGUUAUAUACUGAACACAGUGUGCCGUAUUAGAGGUUAGGCUCGGAGUCCCCGGGCGCCGUUCAUAAUGGCAGCCCACUGCUCCUAACACUAGGAUGGGUCAAAUGCAGAGAAACCAUUUUGUUACAUAGUAAGUAGGCCCACUGUUUGAUAAACUGCGGGACUGUUUGGACCUGAGGGGGGGGGGGGAGGAACCCGAGGCCUCUGCCUCUGCCACCCCCAGUACAGUGCCGUGUUGGGGCUGAGAAAAAUAUCACAUCCACUUAGCACUCGGUCUCCAUUUAGACCCCUCUUCCCUCUGUUUGUGCACGCAAACACUAAAACAGGAAGGUGUCUUCCACAGAGAUGGAAUUCUUUACAGUAGGGCCGCAAGUAAUAAUGACGUCAUUCGUCUGAUGAUUAGUUUCUCGAUUCAUUGUUUACUCUACAACCAUUUUAAGAAAUAGUAAAUGCCGUUAAAUGUUUCCAAAACCCAAGCUGACAUUUUUUUAAAGCUUAAUUUAUCUUACCAACAGUCUGAAACUAAAGGAGUUUUAGUUUAAUGUCACACGACACUAAUAAACUGCAUGAUUUUGCUUAAUAAAUGGCUUAAAACAAACUGAACAAAAUGAUCUGCAAUAAAAGGACCUCAACAAUA